CUUUAAAUAUGAAAGAACUGUUGAUAUUUAUCUUAGGGCUUUCUUUAACAAAUGCAAAAUUAAUAAAGGUAGAAUGGAAUAUUGAAAGAAAUUUAUCCCCAAAUGAUGACUAUAGUUUAGAUAUUAGUGCAACUUUUGCUCUAAAAAAUUUUACAUCUUUAAAUGAUUACUUUGUACUCUGGACAAAUUUUUCAAGUUACUAUUAUGAUAAUAUUCAUGUGGAAAAUUACUUCUUUACUGGUUGGUAAGAUUUUACAGUCCGCGACAGAAUUUGUCGUAUUUAUUUUUUUGGAAGAUUUAUGUAUCAUUCAUUUGAAAAUGUUUAGUUUAAAGGCUAAAAAACUUGUUCAAAAUUGAAUAAUUCUAUUUCAACAGAUACAAAUCCAAAUACAAUAUUGAAAACAGUGCAUUACACAGAAAAUUCAAUAGAUUAUAUCAAAAGUAACUUGAAAUUGGGUUAUUUCACUUACAAUGAUGUUGUAAUUAAAAAUUUUAGCAUUUGUGUAAAUGUAAGGAAAAGUACAUUUUUUUUUGGUUUUUGCAUUCGUUUGGGCAAUGAACUGUGUGGAAAAAUUGAUAAUAUUCCAAACUUUAUUGAAUGGAUUGAACCAAAUUUUCUUCAACCUUCAAUAACCUACUCAAAAGGAGAAAGUUUUUCAUAUACUUUUACUUUUUGGCUUUAUCAGACUGAUGGUAGUUUUCAUAUAUCUAGAGAAUAUAGGAAAAAAGUGAAUGGGAAAAAUAUACUAGAACAUACUGGAGGUCAUGUAAACUUGCACAAUCCUGAACAAAAAUUGAAUUUAGGUAAUAAUAUUUCAGUAGUUGUUUCUUCUACAAAAUUGAACACUAGCUUUUAUGUUGUUUGUAAAAUUAUGAUUGAAAAUCCUAACAAUCCUAAAGAUAUAGAUGGUAGAAUUGAUUUUGGCGUUCAGUCAUUCAAUCAACCUCACCAUCCAAAUUCAAAGGAAGAAGAUUAUCAUAAUGCAAAGAUCGAAUCAGUUUUCUCUGUAAAACAUUUCCAUAUUAAAGAAAAACAUACUUCAUCAACCUUAACAAAUCCAUUCUUUAAAAGUUGCGUUUUUGAAGGAAUUAACGGUCUUAAUCCUGACAAAUUGAUUAAUUCAACACUUCCCGCUUUAUCCGGCAGAAAUGGAUGCUUUUAUUGUGAAAUUGAAUACGAUUUUGGAGAUGACAUUGAUUUAGAAAUUUACAAAGAUAAUAAGAGAGUUCUAGAAAAUACUUGGACAAAUAAAGACGUAAUGCAUAGUUUGAUUGUUGUUGAUUUACCUUUUCCUACCAAGAAGGAUGAAGGAAUCUAUGAAUGUCGGGCAAAAUCAGUAAAAGAUGGACUUUUAAGCAUAGCUUACGGAAAUGUACAAAUUUACUAAUAGAUAUUAGUUUAUUAUGUUUUAUGGUUUCUCUAGGAAUACACCAAAAAUAUAACAAAUAGGCCUGCAGUUCUUUUCAAAGUGGAAUGACUGCUUGUGAGAGAAUGAAAAAAAAAACCAAAGUAGACUUAAUGUUGGCUUUGCUGUUGGUGAAAAAUAUAGUUAAGGUUGAUUUUUAGUUUCAAAUACAAUUAAAUUGACAUGCAGUGUUAGAAACAAAACAAUGAAGUGCCCUGCAAGAAUUUCACAAAGAGAUAAUUCUUUCUUCCUUUACAAAAUGCAGCAUAUUCAUCAGGGAAAUAAUAAUUUAAAAGUGGAAGUAAGAAAGUAGUCAAGAUGAUAAAAUGAAAAAAAUAAAGAAUGCUGAAAUUUUAAUAAUUUAUUUUGUUGAAAACUGA